GUGAAAGGCAAGAAGACCCCCAGCCGUGUAUAUAAGAUUGGUGACCGUGAAGUAGUUGAGGAGAAGCCAUUGUCUGAGGGUGGCUUCGCAUAUGUCAGCCUCAUGAGAGACGUUAACAGUAGUCAGACAUUUGCUAUGAAGAAAAUGAAAUGUACAGAUAGGACCCGAUACCAGAUGGCCCUGCAUGAGUGUAAGAUCCUGGAGUCCUUAUCCGGCCAGCCCAACAUAGUCAACUGUUACGGUCAUAUUACCGAACCAGGUGAACAGCCCGGCUCCCAAGAAGUAUCUCUAUUGUUGGAGUACUGUGAUGGUGGUCAUCUCCUGGACCUCUUGGACCGUCACAAGGGUAUUCUACCUACUGCCACCAUUGUUAAGGUUAUGAAGGAUCUGAUGUCCGCUGUGAAUAUUUUGCAUACCCAAUCUCCCCCAAUUCAGCACAGAGACCUCAAAGUCGAGAACGUCCUGUACAAGACUGCAAGCGAUUCAUAUCUCCUCUGUGACUUCGGCAGUGCUACUACUCGAGAGUAUCCUCAUCCUAGUGCUUUGUCCAAGUCCCAGAUGGCCACUCUUGAUGAGGACAUACAGCGGUAUACCACAUUAAUGUAUCGUUCCCCUGAGAUGGUAGACCUCUAUACUCAUCUCCCAAUCACAACACAGUCCGAUAUAUGGAUGUGUGGAUGUAUAUUAUUUACACUUAUCUGCUAUCGGCACCCUUUCCAAGACCAGUCAGUGUUGGCCAUCUCCAAUGCUAAAUACCAUAUAGAUGCCAAAGCAUCAGAACGGCACCCUCGGCCACUCACUGACCUCUGUCGAUGGAUGCUAUCACGGGAUCCUACCAGGAGGCCUACGGCUAAGCAG